UUGUCAGGGGGAAAAAGUUUUUAAGGAAAGAAAAAAACCUAAAUCACGGAAGAGAUUCUGCAGUCCUACUAGUUUGGCAAGUUCUCUGGGCUCAAAGCGGCGUAGAAAGGCGGAGAAGAGGAGAGAAACUCACAUCUGUGCACAUUUAUACACUUCUCCUGUCCCACAGACGGUAUACGAGAGAGGAGUCAUGGAGGCUGCAAUUCAGACCCUGGUGAAGGUCUUCCUGAAGUCGACCAAGGGAAAGGAGAGUCUAGGAAAGAAAGAAUUCCAGGGCCUCGUCAAGUCCCAGCUCAGCAACAUCCUGUCGGACACAGACAGCAAGGAGGCGGUCAGCAACAUGGGUCAGGGGCUGGAUGAGAACCAGGAUGGCAAGGUUGGCUUCGAGGAGUACAUGAAGCUGGUCGGCUACCUGGCGGUCUCGCUCAGCGAGCAGCGUAGCCUCGCCAAAGAGGAGCCUGCCCAGAAUGCUGCAUCUGGACAGGUGGCACAAAGUACCCCUGACAAAGAGGAGGAGAAGCCAGAGGUAAACCUAGAGGCAAAGGAGGAAGCAAAGCCAGAAGCAAGCGAAGAGCCGAAAGCAGACGCAACUGCUGAAGUAAAGGUAGAAGCAAAUGCAGAAGGAGAGGUGGAAGUAAAGGUAGAAGUAAAGGCGGAAGGAGAGACGCAGCCCGAGGUCGCCAAGGAGGAGCCGACAGCGGCGGCGGUGACAGCAGCGGCAGAGGCGGCGGCGGCGGCGGUGGAAGUGGUGGUGAAAGAAGAGGAGAAGGGGGAGGAAACAGACAAGGUGGAGGAAGCUGCAGAGAAGGUGGCUGCGGCUGUGGUGGAAGAAGUGGAGAAGAAGACAGAGGAGGCGACCUCAUAGGGGACAAUCCAUUCCUUCACAAGAAAAUCACACUACACACUUACAUGAAACACUACACAUAUCAUAGCAUUAACAUUGCCAAAAUAUAUUUGUAAGCCACUAAACAGUUUUUGUUUUUAAAAUACACACAACUUUGAAAUACAAAAUAUAGGUAAAAGUUCAAACACUACAAAGCCAGCUCUGAAGAAACCCCAUUCCUUAUAUAUGAUAAAUAACACAUGUAUAUGAGCGUACACUCAUUGCUUUGUACUGCUAGUUACCACUAUGUUCAUAUGUACAGCAUGUGCCUCCCACUAUAUAGCACAUUUACCUCAUCAUGAUAAUAUACUAUGAUUGCAUGCAGACGUACACUAUCAUGUGCAUGCCAUGUCCCUGUGAAAACCUCACUGCCAAAGUCUGAUUUCCCUGCACACGAGACCAAAGUGUCACUGCAUGUUCACACACCACUGCAGACAAGAGGUUUGGUUUAAAAUCCUGUCCUCUCCUCACUUUUGACUCUGUCUGGGUCUCUUCCUCCACAGUUGUGUCACGCAGCCCCGCAUCACUUACUGUUUAGUGAAAUAUCACUGGUGUACAUCUUGCAAGGUACUAAUGGCUUAAAGGAAUAGUUUGACACUUUGGGGAACAUGCUCAUUAGCUUUCCUUUCAAGAAAACCAAUGAGACAAUUGACAGCAUUCUUGUGUGUCUGUUGAGAUGAAGCUACAGGCGGUUAGCUCAGCCUAGAAUAAAGACUGGAAACAGAGGGAAACAACUACGCUGGCUCUCUAGGGAACAAAAAACACCCACCAGCACAUUUAAAGCUCACUGGCUAAUAUGUUAUGUCUUGUUUAUACUUCACUUUUUGUACGGAUUAAAGAAACUAAGAUAUAAUUUGUUAAUUUGUGAGCUCGAGGCAGAUUUUGUUUCCUUCAGACAGCCACGCUCGCUGUUUCCCUUCAGUUUUCAGUCUUUAUGCUAAGCUAAGCUAACUGGCUACUGAAAGAAAGCUUUAUGCUUACCAAACAGGCAUGAGAGUGAUAUCAACCUUCUCAUCUAACUCUUGGCAGAAAGCAAAUAAGUGUAAAUCCCAAAAUCUCAAACUAUUCCUGCAAUGGUUGCACAAAAAUCAUCCAGUAACACCGUAUCUGUUUUUUUCACAUCCUCAUCUUUUAACCCACAGUGCUAUGGAGCUGAUUUGGCAUGACAAUAAACAAAUUGUUUUGCUGAAGCUUUGCAUUCAGCUCAUCUUAAUUGUGUACUCAAUGCCCCAUCACACCCUCUUCUCACUCUAUUUCAUGGGAUCUCUGUCUCUUUCCUGUUGUUUUUUCUGUAACUCUCAGAGAGGUUAACGUCAUCUGGAGUCUACAGUAUAUUCUCCUCACUCGUAGUCAGCCAUGGAUUAUUAACUGGAAGAUCAGGCGUGGCCCUUGGUUAAAUAAUUAAGGUUUGAGGAUGGAAACCACACCAAAGGACCCUUAUGGUCAAAAGGUGAGCCAAAAAUAGUCCCAAGGGAGUGGGCUGGUCACUGGAGGAGCAAGUCAGGGAAGGUGUACAUGCAACCUAAUCCGCCUGGAUUAGAACUGGUGGAGAAGAACAAGAUAACAAACACCAAGAAGUAAAGAAAGCCAUAACAGGUGUCACCUGGUGGCAGUUUUUUAUCUAAAGUACUUUACAAUACGAUAUUGUGUUCUCCAAACUGCACUAUUACAAUGGUCCUAUUCUACUUAUUGAUCCAUAAAUGUGCCUGGCUCUAGAGUAUCUGGUGUAGCACUGAAUUGGAGUGACAGAAACUUUAGCUCUUUUUUUGGGGGGGUGGGGGCUCUGUUUAAAAUUGCUGGUUGUUGCUUGUUGUUUUCCACUGGUUUUUGCACCAGUUGUUCAGGCUUGCGUGUUUGUUUGUUGGUCACACCCUCAUUCAGACCCUGUUUGACGUGCAACUGGAUCCCUGAGUCCCAGGCACUGGGAAACUACUGGAUUAGGCAUUUGAGGGUUGGGACACAAACAAUUACAUGAAAGUAAUCCUGGGCUCCACUGAUCCUGCCCGUCAGACCAGGUGCUAGUGUCAGAGGGAUCAUUGUCAGAGGUUGUGCUUUUUUUUUUUCUUUUUUUUUUUUAAGUAAAAAGGAAUACUGAGCCAACAAUAUGAAUCUAUGUGGUGUGAUCUUUUACAACAGGCUAAUAAUAAGAUGUUGCAUGCUAUCAGAAACUUAUUUGCUAAAUACAAUUACCAUUGUAUUACCAUUAUUGUAGCCAUUAUUUAAGUUCUACAUGGCCUCUUUAUAUUUAACUUUUUAACCUAAUUCUUUCUUGUUUGGACCACUAUGGAGAUCACUUGAAAACGUAGUUCUUUGUCACAUUACAUGCAAUUUGUUAAUUACAAUUUAAUGAUUUGUAAAUUGUCUCAUCAUCAAUAAUGCAGCCAUGAGAAAAAGGCUCGUGUUGCGGGAUUGCUGUAUUAUAGGUCUGACCUGACCGGCCCGGUCGUGCUUAAGGCACACACGUUUUGGGCACACUACCAAAUGUGCACCUCUUGCACUGUAACAGCACCAGGCGCUUUGAACCGCUCGGCAGCGAAAUAGGAAAAGACAAAUAAGCCGAGUCAUGUGGUCACCCUGCCUCACUGCGACACUCCCAUUGUAAAUACUCUCUCAUUUACACUCACUCUGCUCAGCCUUUAUACUCAUACACAAGUACGCUUUGUUUCCUGCAUGAUCUAUUACUAACAAAAUUAUUGAGACAUUUUGGGCUAUUUAGGCUUUAUUAUUAUUAUUUCUUUUAUUAAAACCUAUAUUCUUUUUAUAUAUAAAAAAAAAAAAGUAAGGUACUUCCUGUGAAUGAUGGAAACAUAUCACUCUCUUGCACCAUCUACAGCCAGUCUCCUGUUCAACAUGUACAUAGGCCUCAGGCAUCUUUUUUUUAAAGGAAAAACCUGAAAAAUGAUGAGUGGAGAAACUGGAUGAAACUGCCUCCAUCCACAGGGCACGAGUAUGAAAAUGAUGUGAAUCCUUUACUAUGGCCUUCACAGUCACCAGAUCUCAAUCCAAUUGAACACCUGUUGGAGAUAUGGAUGUAUUUGUGUGUAUGUGUGUAUGUGUGUGUGUUUGUGUGUGUGUGUGUGUGUGUGUGUGUGUGUGUGUGUGUGUGUGUGUGUGUGUGUGUGUGCAAAUGUGUACAUUGGCAAGCUGCAUACCUUAUUUGCUACUUCCCAUAGGCCAGGCGUGUUUAAACACUCUACAGUUUUCCCUUUGUUCGGCUAAUUCAUUAAAAUCGUGAUCUUUUGUGUUUUUUUUUCUCUCAAUCACCAUAAGCCAAAAUAUGGUCAGACGAAACUGGAUCAAGCAAAAUUCGCUUAACUGAUUUUUUUUUUAUAUUAAAAUUACUUGACUCGCACUACACCAAUAGAUUCCUGGACUUAGAGUGAACCGACCUGGGUUAAACAUCAUCUGGAAAUUAUUUUAUCUCAUCUAAUGCUUUCUUUUAAUCUACUUGGAAUAGCAGAUGGACGGAUUGAGCUGUGAGCGCUACGUUUUCUGUCAGAGAGGUUGAACUGUAUGCACUGGCAGUUUUUGUUACUGUCCCAUAGUGUAAACCGCACCCAACCUUUACUCCAUGUAGAUUAAAAACAUGCUGGAACCAAACACAGCAGAUUAGCAGCAGGGAGUGUUUGCAGACAGAUUUUCAUUGCCACACAAUAAGUCUCAUUCAUUGAGUCACAGUAGAUGAAGAUAAAAGCCUGUGUUAAGAGUCCUCCCAGAGGAUAUGAUAAGUGUACAUACAAGUGUGUGGAUGUGCUUUUAGGGCUCAUUGGGUCAAAAUGUUUGUGAUUAUGGGACCAUUCCCAGGAUAUUGUGCAGGCUUUCAUCACUGUACGUUGAUGUAUUCUUGUUUAUCUCCUGCCAAGUACUAGAGGGUGUGUGUGUCUAGCAGCUGGACUCAUUUCAGAUUCCACUAUCAAGUCACGUAAACUCCACUAUGCUAGUAUUUCAACUUCAUAUAAUGCUGUAUCAUUUUUGCUUAUUCUAUGUAACAUGUGUAAUGGCUAAUAUGGAAUAAAACUGUGACAAUAACAUA